AUGGGAGGAAAAGGGUCUAAGAUAAAGUUGUCCACUGAGAGGAAACGCGGCUCUGCUCCGUCUGAUAACAACACAAUGGCCAACCUGCCUAAUCUACGUCGGCUGUUCGUCGAGGCCCGCUCCGAGGCCGAAGAGAACGAAUAUUCGCGGACUGCUUUCUAUAAUUUGGUCCUUUUCAUUUCUUCCGUCGCCGUCUUCAGCCUGACAGCACAGCGUAUUAGCGGAGCCAAAUCGGGCAAAUAA